AUGAAUGAAGUCGAGAAUAAUUUUAAUGAUGUUUCAGAAAUGUUAGAUGAUAUGUGUAAUGCUACUGUUAUGGAAACUGAUAUGGAAGAGACACAUACUAAUCAAGAUAAUAACAUGCCAGAAGAAGAGGUAGAAAAAUUUGCUAAAUUGUGGAAUGAUUCUCAUUGUGAACUAUACCCUGGUAGUCAAUAUUCGAAGCUAUCUUUUCUUCUUAAGAUGAUUAAUAUUAAAGCACUUACUAAUUCUAGUAAUAAAUCAUUUACUAUGAAUUUGGAGUUGUUUAUGGAUGCACUGCCAAAGGGUGAAACUCUUCCAAGCUCAAAUUAUGAGAUGAAAAAAUUGAUGCGCGAUCUAGGUCUUGGUUAUGUAAAGAUUGAUGCUUGUAUAAAUGAUUGUGUACUAUUUUGGAAGGAAAAUGAAAAUCUUGAUAGGUGUCCUAAUCCAGCUUGUAAGGCUCCUAGAUGGAAAUCAGGGUUGGGAAAACACAAGAAGAUUGCUCAAAAAGUUCUUAGGCACUUUCCCUUAGUACCUAGACUUCAGAGAUUGUUUAUGUCUAAAGAUAUUGGUGAAGAUAUGAGGUGGCAUAAGGAGAAACGUGUAGAUGAUGAGAUGAUUAGACAUCCAGCUGAUGCUAUGGAAUGGAAAGAUUUUGACAAUCAACAUGAUUGGUUUGCUAAAGAUGCUCGUAACGUGCGCCUUGGUCUUGCUAGUGAUGGAUUUAACCCUUUUGGAAAUAUGAGCACAAAUUAUAGCAUGUGGCCUGUGAUUGUGACGCCAUAUAAUUUACCACCAUGGAAAUGCAUGAAGGAGAAUUUUUUGAUGUUAUCUUUGCUUAUCCCAGGUAAGGAAUCUCCCGGAAAUAAUAUAGAUGUAUACUUAAGACCAUUAAUUGAUGAGUUAAAAGAAUUAUGGGAGACUGGUGUGCCAACAUAUGAUGCAUAUAGCGCGUAUGGAAUGUUAUCUGGAUGGAGCACAAAAGGAAAAUUAGCAUGCCCUGUGUGUAAUAAGUGGACUUGUUCGCUAACUUUGAAAAAUGGAAGGAAGCAAUGUUAUAUGGGUCAUCAUAGAUACUUACAUUCUCAACAUUCUUGGAGAAAAAAUAAGAAAUUUGAUGGAAAACUCGAGCGCAGGUCGAAGCUUGAAGAAUUGACAAGAGAUGAAGUUCUAAGACAAUUUGAAUUUGUUCCAAAAGAUUUGGUAUUUGGGAAGACACCUAAUAGAAAAAAGCGUGUACGCAGUCCACAAGAGCUCAAUUGGACAAAAAGAAAGAAGAAUAUAUGUGAAAAUAUCUUGGGGACAUCGAUGAAUAUUGAUGGAAAAUCAAAGGAUAAUAUUAAGGCUCGGAUGGAUUUAAAAGCUAUGGGUAUAAGAAAAGAGUUACAUUUACAGCCAAAAGGUAAUAAAUUUCUAAUGCCUCUUGCUUGUUAUACAUUACCGACGCUAGAGAGGAGAAAGUUUUGUGAAUGGAUGAAAUCAAUAAAGUUGCCAGACGGAUAUGCUUCAAACCUUUCUCGAUGUGUAAAUGUUGAAGAUUGUAAAAUUUUGGGAAUGAAAAGCCAUGAUUAUCAGAGUUGA